UACACUUAAUGCUUGGGCAGACAUUGUUGCGUUAAUUGGCGCUCGUUUCUGCGUUCCUUCAACAUAGCCUUCUGCGAUGGCUCUGGCAGCUCAGAAGGCUUUGUUAGAUGAGUUGAUGGGCAAGAAUCGGAAUGCCUGCAACGGCGAGAAUACAAGUGGACCCCAUUGGUCGGAUGAUGACGUCUGCAAAUACUUUUUGUGUGGUUUUUGUCCACACGAACUAUUCGUGAAUACCAAGACCGAUUUGGGGCCUUGCUCCAAGACACACGAUGAACGUAUGAAGGAAGCCUACAAACAGAGCAAACGAUGUGGCAAAAUGGGCUAUGAAGAAGAAUUUGUUCUCUAUCUUAAGCAUCUAUUGGAUGACGUCGAUAAACGCAUUCGAAGAGGUCAUGAACGCCUUGCAGUAAACAAAGCUGUGCAUCCCGAUCCUGUGGCUGCCAGUGAAAAGAAGGAAAAGAUCGCAGCACUGACGAAACGAAUUAACGACUUAAUUAGACAGGCAGAAGAGCUCGGUACGGAAGGCAAGGUUGACCAAGCGCAGGGAGUUUUGAAACUAUGUGAACAGCUCAAAUUUGAGCGGUCGCAACUAGAGGGCGAUAUUCGCCCCGGAAUGACAAAGGAACUUGAGGUAUGCGAGAUUUGUGGCGCUUUUCGUAUCAAAGAUGACGCUCCUCAACGUGUAGAAGAACAUUUAUCAGGGAAGAUGCAUUUGGGGUACUCUAAAAUACGGGAUUAUUUGAGACAGUACUCUGAACGUCGCUUGUCGUCUGUUCGCACAUACAAACGCGAAUCGAGAACCGAAGACCGUUCACCCAGAAACCGAGAACGUCCGGUGAACACUGCUCGCAGAUGUACUUGGGUUUGUUUACCCACUGAACGUGUGCUUUGAAUCACUGGGAUAAUUUGUCAGCUGAAAGGUACUGAUUACGGUUUUAAUUUCGCUUAUUAGGUAAUUUGGAUGCUACGUCUAACGGAUCGCACCAAUCACUCAAGGUAUUUGUUUUGCUUGUACUCAUCUUAGCGAGUAAACAUUUACUUCGGUUACGGAUAGUAUUAUAGUAGCGUUACUCUAUUGUCCACACGAACGGUCACUCGCCUAGUCUUCAUUCGUUUAUUCUCCACGAUUUAUUCCCCUUUCUUUUCUUUCAGUCCCCGCUCCCACUCUCAUGGACACCGGCGUGGUCACUUGAGCCGUGAGGAAGAUCGUCAUCGCAUUAAACACGAUUAUCGGGAUGACCGACGCCGGCGAGAGCGAUCAAGGUCACGAUCUCGUUCCCAUCAUCGAAGCGAUAGGCAUCGUCACGAACAUUCUUCCAAAUUCAGCAAACGGAACACUUCACCCUUCAGUGCCGCGCGACGACCUCCCGAAGGGGCAGAGGACUACUAACUGUCAGGCUACUGCAUCAUUUAAUUUUUGUUCUCUAGAAUAAAUUGUACAUACACUACCAGCCAGAUGGCUUGUUACACAAAAUGGGUCUUUCCUUAUACUUA